AGGGGCGACCGCGGCGGGGCCGGCGCUGCCGGGGGGGCAGGGACGGGGGGGCAGAGCCCGGGCUGCGGCAAAGGGGCCGCGCCCGCUGUCACCCGGGACGGCCGCGCCGCCCUGCCCGACACGGCCCCAGCCCCGCUGCCCCUGCUCCUCCUCAGCCCCGCUGCCCCAGCCCCGCUGCCCCUGUCCCCCAGCCCCGCUGCUGCCCGCGGGCAGGGCAGCCCCGUUACCGCCAUGGCCGCCCCACAGGGCCCUGGCCCCAACGCGGCGUCACCGCCCGGCUGUGGGCGGGGCCAGCCCGCGGGCGCUGAUUGGCCGGUGGGACGGGAGGGCGGGCGCUUGGGGCGGGCGCGGCGCUGGUUGGGCGCUGCGGCGGAAGGGGCGGGGCGGGCCGGCAUGGCGGGCGCGGCGCUGUCGGCGGUGCCGGCGGUGCAGAUCGACGGCCAUGGCGUGUUCAAGUACGUGCUGCUGCGGGUGCGCGGCGGGGCGGCACACCGGGACAUCGUGCGCGGCCACGGCUGGGCCGAGUACCACGCCGACCUGUUCGAGCGCACCGCGGAGGAGCUGGCGCGGCACGGCCUGAGCUGCGAGUGCUUGGGCGGCGGCCGCCUCGCCCACCGCCCCGAGGAGAGGAAGAUCCACGUCUACGGGUACUCGGUGGUAAGCGGGGGCCGUGGGGGACCCACACGCGGACGCGGCAUCUCCCUCCCCGCAACGAGUCCCGCUGGCCGUGGCCGAGUCAGCCUCGCGUCCCCUCGGGGUCCAGGGGCUGGGCCCGGCGGCGCUGCCGAGGACCCCCCAGAACCCUCUCGGGUGAGCAAUCCUUGCCCGGAGCAGGGGUACCCCACGUACCCUCCAACCUCUGCCCGUGGGACAGCCACACACCCAGAGCCUCCCGGGCCUGCCCUGGUCACCCUCCAACCCCCGGGGUCCUGCAGCAGCUGUACCCAGCGCUGGGUACGGUGGAGGAGCUGGGCUGCACAAGAACCACGUCCUCUCUGUGUCUGCAUGUCUUGAGUGGGUCACUGCAGGAGUGUUAGGUGCUGUGGGGCCCUGUCAGGGUGACUGGUGUUAUCCUUGGGGUUAUCACCCAUGCAGGGGGUCCCUGGGUGCUUACUCUGGCUGUGCAAGGAGCCCAGCCAGGGCACGGUGCUGGUCCCCAGGCCACGGUGCUGCCACUUUUCCCAGCUCCAGGGUGGCGCCGUCCCCUUUCCUGGGUGCUGUGCCAGCCACAGCUGGAGCCAGGCUGAGCUGCCACAGGGGGUUGUCACAGACACGGGCUCCAGGGCCUCUCUGGAGCUUGUUGGGCUCCCCAACGGGUGGCCACCCCCCAGCUCUCCUUGGGGACCGUCUCUCUUGUGCAGGGCUUUGGGCGAGCUGACCAUGCCGUGACCACAGAGAAGCUGAAGGCCGAGUACCCCGACUACGAGAUCACCUGGGCAGACGAAGGGUACUGACUGCUCUGUCCGGCUGGGGGUUGCCCAGGUGGUGCCAGCAGGCUCCCUGUGCCUGGCAGUGCUCUGGGCUCUCCUGCUUUUCCUCUGUGAGAACUCACCUGUUCCCCACCGUCACUGGACUGUCCGUGUGCCAGGUGCUCCUGCCUGCCCGGCGUGGCACAGCUGGUGAAGCCAGUGGUCGCUCUGUCCCGGCCUCCCGGUGCCGGGGGCUCAUCCCACGCGUGUCUGUGAGAAUUAAACUUGUUGGGGAACACA